UGUAUUUUUUUGGUGAAAGCUUGUUGCUUGAAAUAUAGAUACGAGAGAGUGAGAAAAGUCGAACUUGGACGAAAUUUUCCUCUUUCUUCACCACCUACCAGAUCUGUAUGCUGAUACAUUACAUGGGUUUGUAAUGCGUGCGUGAGCUGGAAGAGAAGAAUGGCGUCCGAUACGGCGUCGUCGGUGGACGAACAGGCGCAGCAGCUGGAUGUUCCGGGUGGUUUGGUCGGAGGAGGAGGAGGAGGAGGGUCCACUGAUAAGAGAGGAAGGCAUCGGAUUCUCGCCGAACUCAGCCUCCUCGAACAAGAACUUAAGUUCUUGCAGGAGGAGUUGGGAGAGCUCGAAAGAACCGAAAAUGUUUCAACCAUUUGUUCAGAAUUGCUUCCCUACGUCGAAGGCAGGUUGGAUCCUCUACUCCCAUUAACAAAUGGACCUGUAAAUCUGGUAUGGGAUCGAUGGUUCGAAGGACCGCAGGAUUCACAAAGUUGCAGCUGCUGGAUACUCUGAUGAUUUGGAUCUCAUGCCAUCUAACAUUUGUUGCCAUGGUUUGCGGGACAGGCUCUAGCUAGCAGCAUAGCACCUUCGUUGACCAAAUUGAAUGUAGAAUUGACCAUUGACUUAAAUGAAGUUUGGCAUUAUAGUAAAUUUGAAUAUCGUUUUGUCAAAAGAAAAACAGAUUUAAAAACGAUGAGGAUUUGGGCAGAUACACUGCCGUAAUGUGCAGUGUAUCUGACCUCCGACUCCGACACUUAAAUUUGA